UUUCGCGAGGCAGGAGCUCCCGUUGGGGUUGGUCUGAGCUGGUAGAGUUGUCCUUUGUGGCGCUCAGUUAAUCUAAAAGAAGUCUGCCUUCGAGCAAAUGGCCAAACUACUACAAUCUCCGCCCAAGUUCCUGCCCUCGGAGUGGCAAAUUGCUAACAAGAACCAGUACCACAGCGCGGAGGCUGAAAGGUCCCGGUCCGAACGCCUGGUGGCAGAAAGCCAGAGGCUUGUGGAUGAAAUUGAAAAGUCCACAAGAAAAUCUCAAAGUGAUGUGAACAAGAAACUAGAACAGAGGCUUGAGGAAAUCAGAUUCUGGAAGAAGGAGUUAGAUGACAAACUUGAGCAGCUUGUGUAUGUGACUGAAGAUCUUCUCGCGUACCAGACCAGGCUGCGGAAGGCCCUGGAGAGCCUGAAGGAGCCCUUACACAUCACUCAGACUUGCCUGGAGUACAGGGAGAAGCGAGUUGGCAUUGACCUGGUCCACGAUGAAGUGGAGCAGGAGCUGAUCAAGGAGGCCGAGAUCAUCCGGGGCGUGAUGGCCCUGCUGACCCGCAGCCUGGAGGAGACCACCGAGCAGAUCAGGCUGAACCGUUCUGCAAAGUACAAUCUCGAAAAGGAUUUGAAAGACAAGUUUGUGGCCCUGACCAUUGACGAUAUCUGCUUCUCACUCAACAACAACUCGCCAAACAUCAGAUAUUCCGAGAACGUCGUGAGGGUUGAACCAAACUCUGUGAGUCUGGAAGACUGGUUGGACUUCUCCAACACCAACGUGGAGAAGGCCGACAAGCAGAGGAACAACUCCCUGAUGCUGAAGGCCCUGGUGGACCGAGUCCUGUCCCAGACGGCCAGUGACCUGCGCAAGCAAUGUGACGUGGUGGACACGGCAUUCAAGAAUGGGCUGAAGGAGACCAAAGAUGCCAGGGAUAAGCUGGCUGUUCAUUUGGCCAAGGUCAUGGAGGAGAUUGCUUCCCAGGAGAAAAAUAUUACCGCUCUUGAAAAAGCCAUCCUUGACCAAGAAGGGCCUGCCAAGGUGGCUCACACACGCCUGGAGACCAGGACAUGUCGGCCUAACGUGGAGCUGUGUCGGGAUGUGGCCCAGUACAGGCUGAUGAAGGAGGUUCACGAGAUCACCCACAACGUGGCAAGAUUAAAGGAAACAUUAGCCCAAGCUCAGAUGGAGCUGAAAGGGCUGAAUCGCAGACAGCUCGCCCUGCAGGAGGAGAUCCAGGUCAAAGAGAACACCAUCUACAUCGACGAGGUGCUGUGCACGCACAUGAGGAAGUCCAUCCCUCUGCGGGACGGCGAUGACCACGGCGAGUGGGCCGGAGGCCUCCGCCCCGACGCUGUCUGCUAAAACGGGGGCCGUUGGGGUGCUCAUUAAACCUCUCAUAGCACAGUAGUACCGACUCUCAUUUCAGCAGGCGGCACCCCCAGGCAGCCCCCCACGGCCUCUAGGCCAGGAUGCCAGCCUGCUCGGAGCUGAGAUUUGGGUGCAAAGGUCCAUGCUGCUGGGGCUGCUGGGGCUGCUGGGGUGGUGGUGGUUUAGCAGUUAACUUCCAUGUAUUAGCACAGGCCCUUCUGAUAUCACAGGACUAGGGGCCCAGGGCAAGGGGUCCAAGACAUUUUAGUUCAAAUUCAGUUUGAUUCAGUAGUUGGGCUGGAUCAGACCAUACCCAUCUUCCUCCUGAGGGGAUGCAAACAUUUCUCUUGGCUCACGAUUCCUUUUCCCGCCCGGCCGGGCGUGGCUCAGCGGUUGAGCGUCGACCUAGGAUCCAGGCGAUCGGGGUUCGA